CCCCCUCCCCCGUGGCCGGCCCGAGUCAGUGCCCGAUUAGCUCGGCCGCGCGGCUGCUGCGGGACGGACUCGGCUGCUCCUGAGCCACCGGAGCCCGCUUCCCUGAGCCUUGCCCCGGCUGCGCCGGGCCCGCAGCGCCACCGGGCUAGCGCGGCAAGCGGGGACCCUCUCGCCAGUGUGCGGCUGCGGCGGCUCCCGCAGGGGGCGCGGGGCGGCCGGGGGGUCCGGCUCGGAUGGCGGAGGGGAUCCAGGCCCAGCAGCAGCAGCAGCAGCAGCAGCAGCUUCUCCCCGGCGGCGGCGUCCCCCGGGGCGUGAAGCGGGAGCCGGAGCUGGAGCAGCCCAUGCCCGGAGGGGACGGCGCCGAGACCGGCCCCAGCAAGCGGCUGAGGACAGAGGCGGAGGCGGGCGGCGGCGGCAUGCAGAAUGAGCCUCUGACCUCAGGUUAUCAUGGAUACCCUGCGAGGGAUAAUCAAGGUAACCAGGAGCCAACAGCCACUCCUGAUGCAAUGGUCCAGCCAUUCACCACAAUCCCAUUCCCACCACCCCCACAGAAUGGGAUCCCCACAGAGUAUGGGGUGCCACACACUCAGGACUAUGCAGGCCAGACCAGCGAGCACAAUCUGACACUCUACGGAAGUACGCAGGCGCAUGGAGAGCAGAGCACGAAUACGCCCAGCACGCAGAAUGGAUCUCUUACGCAGACAGAAGGAGGGGCACAGACAGAUGGACAGCAGUCACAGACACAAAGCAGUGAGAAUACUGAGAGCAAGUCCACUCCAAAGCGGCUUCAUGUCUCUAACAUUCCCUUCCGUUUCCGGGAUCCAGACCUCCGACAGAUGUUUGGGCAGUUCGGCAAAAUCCUUGAUGUAGAGAUAAUCUUUAAUGAACGUGGCUCCAAGGGAUUCGGGUUCGUAACUUUCGAGAAUAGUGCUGAUGCAGACAGGGCCAGGGAGAAAUUACACGGCACCGUGGUAGAGGGCCGUAAAAUCGAGGUGAAUAAUGCCACAGCGCGAGUGAUGACCAAUAAGAAGAUGGUCACGCCAUAUGCAAAUGGUUGGAAAUUGAGCCCUGUGGUUGGAGCAGUGUACGGCCCCGAGUUAUACGCAGCAUCCAGCUUUCAAGCAGAUGUCUCGCUGGGCAAUGACGCCGCAGUGCCCCUGUCAGGAAGGGGGGGUAUUAACACUUACAUUCCUUUAAUCAUUCCAGGUUUCCCCUACCCAACUGCAGCCACCACAGCAGCUGCGUUCCGGGGAGCACACCUGAGGGGCCGAGGACGGACAGUAUACGGUGCAGUCCGAGCGGUACCCCCCACGGCCAUCCCUGCCUACCCAGGUGUGGUUUACCAGGACGGAUUUUACGGUGCUGACCUCUAUGUAAUGGUGACUGACUGUUUCCGUAAUAGCAGGGUGGAUAUGCCGCCUACAGAUAUGCACAGCCUGCUACUGCAACAGCAGCCACGGCCGCUGCGGCCGCUGCAGCAGCUUACAGUAUGGCAGGGUUGUACACAGCAGACCCUUAUCACGCCCUUGCCCCUGCCGCUAGCUACGGAGUUGGCGCUGUGGCGAGUUUAUACCGAGGUGGCUACAGCCGAUUCGCCCCCUACUGAAGUGACGUGAGCCCCUGCAAGUGGGACAGCCCCCCCAGUUCAUGAGGCCUGGCUAUUGCAAUAUUUACUAGUAGAGGAACUCUAUAGCAAGAUGAGGAGGAAAAAACAAAAAAAACAAAAGAGAAAAUACUUUUUUAUACCUCACUAUGUUCUUUGAAUAUGUAUUUUUCCUUUAAAUUUCUGCCUUUAAUUUCUUUUGUUCCAAAGAUUGUGCUUUUUGUUGUUUGUUUUUUGUUUUUAACUGUGGUAAAAAAAUAAUGCAUUUCCGUGUCUGUAUGUUGGUGCAUAGCUUAUCCUACCAAUCACGGAAGAGGCAAUUAAUGAUAAGGAAAGAUGUUAGGAACCAAUAUCAUGCAAUUAAUCGUGGACAAAGUUACUUACCUGGGUCUGGUGCUUGGCACCUGUGAGAUAGGAGGAUGUGAGGGAGAGCUUCCUCCGGCUGUGUUUCUGCCCUUUGGAGGGACGCACUAAUUGCCUGUGGCUGGAACCCACAUGCUGGUGAGAAAUAGUUGUUUGUAUUUGAAAAGAGGGGAGAUGCAGAGACUUCCAGCGUUUUAUUGCCAUCUGGCAUGCACACCACUUGAACGGUUUCAGCAGUGUCAGGACUGUAUAGGUUGGCAAGAGAAGAUUCCCCAAACUUGCUCAAAGACUUGGGCGAUUAACUGCAGUAGGGACAAUGAAUUCUUGACAUCUCUCCCCCCACACACACCUUGAUUGUUGUCCACUACUGGACUGUAAUUGUCUGUCCUUCCUCUGCUUUCUAAGGUCUUUCUCCUUUACCUGCGCCUCUUUUUCCCUUCUUUCCUUGAGGAUUGGUUGGUAUGAUGCUGCAAACGUGGGCCAGUAAGGGCAGAGCUUGAGGCAAUGGUUGAGAGGCUUGUGUCUUGGACAUCAAGGAGUGGUUAGUUUUACCAAGCGUUUGCAGGUUUAUGGGGAAGGAAGCUGGCUGAAGAACCCUGCAUCGGUGCCACACUGAGCUGCUCUGAGGUUCAGCAUUCAAGGUCCCUCUCCCUAUUCACCAUGAGCUACUUAGGCAUUGCUGCAAAUAGAUCAUUAAAGUAGUGUGAAGACAAAAAAUGAGUCAUGGAGCAGCUUGCAGAGGGACGGAGUGUGUGUGAGGGGAAGAGUGUGUUUUUUAUUUCAGAACGCUGUUUCCUGAAGUGAUUUUGGAUAGCUCAGGUGUCUGGAGGUAGGCAGAAGCCGUUUGUACAAGCUCUGAAGUCAUAGGAACCUUGCAUCUGCUAGAUCUAUUUGAGGCUCUUUAAAUAUUUAAUCUAGAGCCCCAGUGUCCAUUCGCCCAGCCUCUCACUAUCCUGCAAAGAGCACCUGGACUUGCUCAGUCCAUAUUUACACUACAGACCGUAAAGGCAGAGAGACUAUUUAUAAGGGCUCCAUGGCUCCCAAGGUCAUCUUCCUUCUGCUCUUGUAACUAGAGUGAUUCUUCUAUUUUAAAAAGCAGGCAUUUUAUAUGUUGCUGCAAGGAGUAGCACUGUGGCAGGGAGUCGUUGCUGUCAACAUCUGAGCUUGAUUUUAGAACUCAGAGGAAAGUCUCCCCUCCAGUUGUUAGUUAUUGCUAUGCUCCAGCAACUCUUGCAAUCAGAGGCAGAUUUCUCUGAAGCUUUAUCUAACCGUAGACACUAGAGAAACACAGAGAGAAGCACCAAUCCAUUUGGCUCCCUUGUCUAGCUGAACUGGACAGGGGCGACUUUUCACUCCCAGAAGGGCUGUGGGGGGUGUGGAUUUGUAGUAGAGCCUUUCAACUCCUGCCACCGUACACUUGCUUCUCUGUCAACAGUUGAUAUCAGAAUAGGAAAGCAGAUGCGUUGAACUUUAAGCAUUGUAAGUGGGCAGGGCUGUCUGGGAGGUGCACUGACCCAGCCAUGCACAACACACAUCUUUGCUCUUCCCCUCAGCACACAUCCCUCCCUAGUGCCUGGCAGGGAGGAGGUGCCUGAAUGGGAAGGAUCGGGGAGACCUUAGUUAAGCUAGAGAUCCUAAGGCUAUUGAUUCUAUGGAAGAAUAGCUAGAACAAGGGGACACCAAACUGCAGCCUGUUGGCCACAUUUUGUGUUGUUGUUCCUCCCCCCCCCCCCCCAGCCAAAGUUUGGUUUGUUUCAGUUAUGACAAUUUUUGUUGUUUGUAUAUAUAUAUUUUAGUUAGAUUGAAAACGGGGUGGGGGGAGUGGGUGUUGGGCUUUCACAAAAUCAAGGACAUGAGGGGAUGGUGGGAUUUUUGGCUUUAUGGUUGAGUGGGAAAUUUUUUUUUUUCAGUAGAACUUCUAGUGUCGUAUUGAAGGGAAGCCAAUUUCCAUCAUGUGGCACAUGGGAGUGGGAGACUCCUUUCUGGAGCUGAGACGCAGCAAAAGCCUCAAAUGGAGUUCAUCAUAGCCACACCUAGGGUGGUGGGGGGAAUGAAAACAGGAAGUCUCUUCCCUUACUCUCAGGAAGGAGAAAUUGCUGAUGCUGUAGGGCCACAGAAUGGGAGAGGGUGAGGGGCCACAGCUUGCUUAGCGCUGCAGUGGCAGGAGCUUGAGCUUCGGCCGCUUUCAUGUGUCUCAGUUCAGCUGGUUCUGACUGUAGCUUCUGAAAGGUCAAGCUCUGCUUUCUCAAGAGCCCUCCUGCACCAUGGCAGCACAGCAUGUGGUUGGUUGCCCCCUUGCUUCUCCAUCUGUAGGGAAGGCUGAACACAUUUCUGCUGUUAAGUAGGGUCUGUGCUUGACAGAUAUAACCCCGCUUAGUGCUGAGAAUCUGGGUUCUCGUCACAUAAGUGCCUGGGUUUAGCAGGGGGUGGGUCACCUAAUGCUUUAGCACCUACUUUCACCAACUUCUGAUCCACAAAGGCCAGUCCCCUAAUGCAUCAGUGGGGGCUGCCCUGAUCUAUUAAUCACUGUUCUAGGCCCCUCAUUGUAUUAGCACCUGGGUUUCCCUAAUUCCUACGCCGUGGUGACCGGGCUGGAAGGAAGCUAAGCCCUUUGUCCUGCUGACUACAGGAGUUGGUUCUAUAAUUUUAGACAUUUACCAUCCAUACAGUCCAAGUGAUACUUUCCAAAACCAAGACCUCCGAGACAGCUUUUACCACCGCUGGAUUUUUGCAGCAUGGUUGCUUCUAUGAAUUCUGUGCCAUGGCAAGCAAGAGCCCUUCAUCCCUCCCUCCAUCCCUCUUGGCAAGCACAAUAACUCUGAUUCCACAGAUGACAUUUAAUGAAUUGGCUUAUGAUACGAAGGACCUAUUUCCAUUCAGAUUAGCACAAGCCUGGCUGUAUCAAUCUUUGAAGUAUCCAUUGUUCCAAAGAUUGAGGAAGGCCCAUAUCUCCCUAUGCAGAAUUAAUUAUAUUCAGGCUUUUUACAGGGAUGAGGGGAAUGGGGGUACAAAUGGAGCAGGCUUUUGUCAAUGAGAACAUCUAGUACUUUUGUCCUGUAAUGAUCAGUGUUCAAGAGUUUCUCUCACACAGGACUUGGCUCAGAUCCUUAACCACAUAGGUCUGGUCUGCCCCCCAGUGUUUGUACCAGUAUAACUAGUUUGGUUAGAGGGGUGAUUUUAAUGAUAUUGUUAUACUGGUACAAUCCUAAUAUGGUGCUGUUAUACUGGUAUAAAGGUGCAUUAUACCAGUAUAGCUUAUUCCCCUUUCCACAUGGGAAUAAGCUAUAUCAGUAUAAGGCACUUUUAUUUAUAUAUAUAUAUAUUUAUAUUUAUAUAUAUAUAUAAAAUUGCAUCCACACUAGAGGUGUUGUGUGACUUUAACUACACUUGCCGUAGGUAAAGCAGUACAACUUUUGUGUGUAGACAAGACUUUAGUGUACCAGUUACCCACUUCUUAUAACCAGGCCAUUUGUAGGGCAGGCAGUCAUGGAGGUCCUGUCUACAGUAAAGUUCAGCCAUGUUAGCCAAGCCAUGCUUUUAAAUUAUAUUCUUGCUUAGACAAGCCCCCUGCUAUGAGGACAGUAGUGUGGUCCAGUGGGAUAGAGCAUUAGGCUGGGAGUGGAAGACCUGGGUUCUAGACUAGGUUAACCGAUGAUCCUGCCAUGUGACCUUGAGCAGGUUCUGUUCAUCUUCCUGUGCUUUAGUUUUCCCCAUCCACAAAGGGGGAUUGUGAUACUUUAAUGCCUCCCUAUUUGUGAAGCCCUUUGACAUCUAUGGAUGAAAAGUUCUAUAUGAGAUCUAAGUAACGUCUCAAUCCCAGUAUAGGUAGGGCCUAACUAUAAAAUGGUUUAUAAAAACUAUUUCAUAGCCUAGCAGCUUUCUGGUGAGAAUCAUUCUUAAAUGAGGUCCUGGCUGUUGUGGUUUUUUGAGCUCUGCUAUGUGGGCACCUUGGGGGCUUUGCAAAUUCUCAUAUAUCCCCCUUUCUACCCAAUCCCCAAGGAAAAGACAAGUAGAGAAUAGGUGUGGGGCGCACUUAGGAAUUCAAGAAGGGAAAGAAUAUUGGCUCUGGGGAACUCUUCUUUUGCUGAGUCCAGCUCCAAAGGGGAAACCACACAAGCAGCUUGGAGAAUAACUUGCUGCUUGCACCCCUCUAGUAGGUCGCGUCUAAGGAGUCCAUGCCUUGGGCGGAGGGGGAAGUGGUUUUUAAAGAGUGUGUUACUUGUUUGCACUGUUUUAAAAUAGGAGAAAAAAAACAAACUAGUGAACAAGGUGAACAUCCAAUGUAAACUUCAGUGUGUUUUUAUUUUGUCAUGCUCUUGAAAAUGUCAAACAUUUUGUAGUAUACCACGAGUGAGACUUGAUUCUUUGUUGCAUAAACACUAUUUUUGGUGAUGUUACUGUCUGAAAAGCCCUCCCUCCUUGCCCCCACCCUACUGAUCUCCUCCCCACCCCAAUUAUUUUAUUCUAUAAUGAAAUCACCAGUCGACGAGGCAUGCAGGAAUGUGAGAGCCAGAGUGUGAAAUGGGGUCCUUCCAAGUAGGCUUUGGGUGUCCUCCAGGGUUGGAGUCCUUCCUGUAGCUUGCAGUAUGCAAUAUAUAACACCCCUCCCAGAACACACACCGCGUUACAAAGCAAUUGAACUAAGACGUCCGAUGCCAGAAUCGGUUGCCACCACUAACAGUGGAGGGGGACAACGCUUGCAGUUGUGUCCUACCCAUGUUUCUGGCAGGCAACAAGUGAAAGCUUACACAGGAAGAUGACAAAUAUGGUCAGUGCCAGUGCAGGCCAGUCGGCAAAGAUUGGUAGCAGAGUAAGAGUACAUCAGCCAAAACCUUGCCUUUAAGGAAAUUGAUGAUGUAUAAAGCCGUCCACCUGAGUAUUCAUUUGGCUGGCAAUCUGCAAAGUGCCAGUGAUCUAAGGAUUGAUUCUAAAGCUGGUCAGUAAGUUCUCUCUUUUGUCAGAUUUUUUUUUUGGGGGGGGUGGGUGGGUGGGAGGGGUCAAUUGUUUCCCUGAGGAGUGAUCUCAUUAAGGGAAUCUGGCCCUCCCACAUAAAUAAUCUCAGCUUCAGUCACUUCUUCUGUUUUUCUCUUGACAGUAUUUUUUUGUGUGCGCGCGUGUUGUAGUUUUUGGCAGCUCGGUUUGUGCUGCGUUCUCAAGUGACGAAGUAAUCCUCUUUUACCCCAGGGGAUAUGAUUUGUUUUUCUUUUUAUGUUAUCAAUUCUGCUUGUAAAUAGCUGGAGCAAAAAAAAAACCUGGGGCCGAUAGCAAACGAGAACCAGGGCUGUAGAGCGAUAUGGAGCUGGUGGAGAGUUUACUGACCUCACGGGCUGAUCUGCCUGAGACUUGGAGCUUUUCAAUGCAAGGCAAAAAUUCCAUGGAACCUCCAGUGGCAACGACUGACUUUGCCCCUUCAUGCAGUCUCCCCACCACCUUUCCAUUGCAGGUACCCUUGGGGCAUAGGAUGCAUCAAAUUGGAUGCGUUCCUCUCCCCUGGAUCAUUUCCUAGGACGCCCAAGCUGCUUGUUCAGGGUCCCAUUUCUCUGCUGACUCUGGAGAAGCAGUACCUGCAUCCCAGGGCUUUGUGACCGUCUCUAACUUCCUUCCCCCCUCUCAUUAAGGUAUCAUAUUGUAUAGUAGCUUUCAGACCAUACAGUAUUACAUUUGGGUUACUCCUAUUAUUAUCAAGUAGCGGAAUUGUGAAGGUCGGAGUAGUUAGAUCUUUAGCUUUUAUUCCUUUUUUUGUAUUACUAUCCAUGUGUAUAAAUUAUUGAUCAUGUUGCUGGCUUUUAUAAACUCUAAGCAAGGGAGGAGCCCUUCCUCACCCUUUGCAAAUGGUAAUGAAGCACUGUUUUUAAAUAAAAGAGAAACACCA